CGGAGCGACCCGGAGCCUGCGCGCCCACCAGUGUGAUGGGGCCGCAGCGGAGACUGCCCGCUUCCGCCGCCGCCGCCUUGAUCUGGGGCUUCCUGCUGCCGCUGGUCAGAUGUCUUCUACCCAGAGUCUUUGGGGUGAAUGACAGCCAAUAGAGUCAUGAGGUACCUGCAUUAAGUCGUGAGGCAGUGCCCUGCAGAAGAAGUAGAGUCACCCUGGAGAGUCAUGGAAGACAGCUGCCCAGGAAGCAAUCCUGCAUGCAUCUGGAAAUGGCACACAUUUACCAUCUAAAGACUACUGCAUGCUAUAUAACCCUCAUUGGACAGUGCUUCCAAGUACCCUAGGAAAUGCAACUUCCAUUAGUUUGCUGAAUCUGACUACCACACCGCUGUGCAGCUUUUCUGAUAUUCCGCCUGGUGGCCUAAAGAACAAAGCAGUUGUGGUACAAUGGGGAUCCUGCUAUUUACUUGAAAAAGCCAGAAUUGCACAGAAUGGAGGUGCUGAAGCAUUGUUGGUUGCCAAUAACAGUGUCCUAUUUCCUCCCUCAGGGAACAGGUCUGAAUUUCAUGAUGUGAAAAUACUGAUUGCCUUUAUAAGCCAAAAAGACUUUAAAGAUAUGAAACAGACAUUUGGACGUGACAUUACAGUAAAAAUGUAUUCUCCAUUGUCACCUAACUUUGACUAUACUAUGGUGGUUAUUUUUGUAAUUGCUGUAUUCACUGUGGCAUUAGGAGGAUACUGGAGUGGACUAAUUGAAUUGGAAAACUUGAAGGCAGUGACAAACACUGAAGAUAAAGAAAUGAGGAAAAAGAGGGAAGAAUAUUUAACUAUCAAUCCUCUUACAGUUGUAAUAUUUGUGGUCAUCUGUUGUGUUAUGAUGGUCUUGCUUUAUUUUUUCUACAAAUGGUUGGUUUAUGUUAUGAUAGCAAUUUUCUGCAUAGCAUCAGCAAUGAGUCUGUACAACUGUCUUGCUGCACUAAUUCAUAAGAUACCAUGUGGACAAUGCAUGAUUACUUGUCGUGGCAAAACUGUUGAAGUGAGACUUAUUUUUCUCUCUGGACUAUGCAUAGCAGUAGCUGUUGUUUGGGCUGUUUUUCGAAAUGAAGAUAGGUGGGCUUGGAUUCUACAGGAUAUUUUGGGGAUUGCUUUCUGUCUGAAUUUAAUUAAAACACUGAAGUUACCCAAUUUCAAGUCAUGUGUGAUACUUCUAGGCCUUCUCCUCCUCUAUGAUGUAUUUUUUGUUUUCAUAACACCAUUCAUCACAAAGAAUGGUGAGAGCAUCAUGGUUGAACUUGCAGCUGGACCUUUUGGAAAUACUGAAAAGAAUGAUGGAAACUUUGUGGAAGCCACUGCUCAACCCUCAGCUCCCCAUGAGAAAUUACCAGUAGUCAUCAGGGUACCAAAGCUGAUUUAUUUCUCAGUAAUGCAUGUGUGCUUCAUGCCUGUUUCCAUAUUGGGUUUUGGAGACAUUAUUGUACCAGGCCUAUUGAUUGCAUACUGUAGAAGAUUUGAUGUUCAGACUGGUUCUUCUUCUAUAUACUAUAUUUCUUCCACAAUUGCCUAUGCUUUUGGUAUGAUACUUACAUUUGUUGUUCUCACACUGAUGAAGAAGGGGCAACCUGCUCUUCUCUAUUUAGUACCUUGCACACUUAUUACUGCCUCAAUUGUUGCUUGGAGACGUAAGGAAAUGAAAAAAUUCUGGAAAGGUAGCAGCUACCAGAUGAUGGACCAACUGGACUAUUCAACAAAUGAAGAAAACCCAGUGACUACUGAUGAACAGAUUGCCCAACAAUAAUAUUAUAUGGACCUGCAAUAAUGUGUUAUUGAUUUUCUACAAACAGAGUUUGACUUUUUAAUUCAACUCUUGAAUUGACAAUCCUAAAACAUUUUCAAUGAUGUGUUUGCAAAUAUAUAUUUUUAUGAGCUAAUACUGACAAUUAUUUCAUACAUAAUUAAAAUGCAUUUACUUUUAAUUAUGUUAAAGUUGUGCCUUCACAUUAAAUAAAAGCAUAUGGUCUGUGUAAUUUCCAAGAUGUAUUAUAUACAGUAUAUUUUUCUAAAAAAACCUUGACUCACCCCUGUAUUUUCCUUAGUGAAAUUUAUUUCUUUCAACUCUAAUGAUAGAUCAAAGUAACUGUCAAAGCAAGUUUCCAAACAGAUUUUUUUCUUAAAGGAUUAUAUAUAUUUUAUCUCCGCUAUAAAAAUAAGUGUUUAAGACCAUGCAAGAAGGCAAACAACAAUGAAAAUUUGAACCUCAUAUCAUUCCAAGGUACAAAUAUAUGAUUUGGGAAUAAAUAUAAACAUAUUUUUAUAGUAAGUUUUUUAAAACUCAAGAACCUAAAUUACUUCAGAAUGCAUGUGUAUUAGAAUAUUUUUCCAGGUAUAGAGAAACAUAAUAUAUAGAAGUUAUUAUAAGGACACGAAAACUGAAAUCUAGUUUGUAGUGGUUCACCAUUUUUUUGAAGAUGUAGCUUAAAAUUUUGCACUAACUUUUAGUUUCACUUUGGUAUUUCUGAUCUUUGAAAUUUAGUUUUGUUGCUGUUCAUCUUUUUAAAAAAUUUUCUUACCCAAUUAUAUAUUAAUAUAUAUGACUCACUGUUUGUGUGAAACAUCCCUUAUAAUUUCCCCUCCCUGUUAUCUUGUUUCUCCCUAAU